AUGGCUCUCUUUGGCCUCCAUCAAUUAUUUUUACCAACUGUACAAACGUCCUAUCGUUUAAUCUACUUUUACAUUGUUGUUGCUGUUAUUGCAGCCAUCAUGUUGGGCCAUGAUGUCCAUGUUACAGCUCAAAGUAAAGGAGUUUAUGUCCUUGACCAGCAGAGCCUUGAUAAUCCGCCUCGAAAGUAUUGCACUUACUUUAAUAAUAGGCUUGCUAAACGACAACCUCAAUUAACAAAUUGUCCUUGGUUUCAAGAAAAUGCCUGCUGUACACAGCCUGAAGUCGAUCUAAUCUUUGCUGAUAGACCAUUACCUCUAAAUCUACCACCUGAAUGUAGCCGUUUAUUUGAUCAACUGAUGUGCUAUAUAUGCUCACCGGAUCAACACUUAUUUUAUAAUCAAACUCGUCAGACAUUAACUGUAUGCUUAGAUUUUUGCAACCAAAUCUAUUCAGUUUGUCAAGAUGCUCUCUGGAAAGGAUUACCUAUCAAGCAUUGGUAUCGAUCGGGUGAUGAAUUUUGCCGUGCUCGUCGUUAUGAUGUUGCAACGCAUCAUUGUAUGAAUGUUACCGAGAUUAUAGUCAGCAGCGCAAUCUCAAAUCAUUAUUGCCUUUCGAUCAUCCUUGCAAUGUUAUGGGGCCUACUUUAUUUGUUAUAG